GAAAAACUAUUUACAAAGUACAGUUAGUUUUAUGCAAUAACCCGGUAAGAAACUCACUGCAAGCCCAAAAUCGUCUAUCAAAACGGCAGAUCUGUAUCAUUUUCCGGUAUAGCCAGCCUCAGCGUACAGAUCUCAGCCAGUAUAACCCCCCGCAAAAUCCCCUUGAAUGACGCCAAAUCCCGAUGAUAACGAACAACCAAAAAACACCCCAUCUGAGCAUGUAGGAAAUGAAUCUAUUUACGAAGGAGACACUCCAAUCGUGACGUACCUAGACCAGCCACCAACUCGGAUACAGCCAGACCUACCGCCUUUGUCAGUGUCAGUCCCCCACGAUGGACUCAUUAGCCGGCGUUUUUCUUUGACUGAAGAGAAUGAAACGCGCACAGAGAGACUACCGACUCCCGAGUCUGACAGACCACCAGAGGAGAAACCAAAACCGAUAUCAUGGAGUCAGCUACCCGAAAAAGGCCAACUGGCAAUUCUUGUUCUGGCCCGCUUGUCUGAGCCUCUAACUCAGACCUCGCUACAGUCCUAUCUGUUCUACCAGCUGAAAUCCUUUAAUCCUUCUGUGCCGGAUUCGUCUAUUUCUUCACAGGCUGGUAUAAUUCAAGGGAGCUUUACGGCAUCUCAGUUCUUGACUGCAAUAUGGUGGGGACGUUUGGCAGAUGCUUCUUGGAUGGGCAGGAAGCGAGUGCUUCUCAUUGGUCUAAGCGGCACAUUUAUAUCAUGCUUGGGCUUCGGAUUUUCGAGAUCAUUCACCUCAGCAAUUAUAUUCCGAAUCCUGGGUGGACUGAUGAACAGUAAUGUGGGUGUCAUGAGGACAAUGGUGGCUGAAAUUGUUGAAGAAAAAAAAUAUCAAUCACGCGCAUUUCUCCUUCUACCAAUGUGCUUUAAUAUUGGAGUCAUCAUUGGACCCAGUCUGGGAGGCUUCCUGGCAGAUCCCAUCAGCAACUUUCCAGGACUCUUCGGCCCUGGCUCUGUCUUUGGGGGUAAGAAUGGCGUUUGGUGGAUGCAACAGUGGCCAUAUGCUUUGCCAAAUCUGAUCAGUGCGAUUUUCAUUAUUAUGUCUUUGACGGCAGUUUUUCUAGGAUUGAAUGAGACCCACGAAAUAGCCAGAUAUCGACCUGAUUGGGGACGGGAAUUGGGCAAGUCUAUUACGAGAUGGUUCAGAGGGCAAUCUGGACCCCGGUACACUAGGAUUAAUAACGAUCCAGACGAGGUCAACUCAGUCGAUUUUGAACACGGCGUAUCUGAACCUUCUAGCCCAGUAUCCUCACGACAGCCGGCCUUACCACUGGUGCGCAAGAGUUCUCUCUGGAAACAAGUCUUCACGAAGAACGUUAUCUUCACACUACUGACUCAUUUCCUUCUCGCCAUGCACACGAGUGCCUUCAAUUCCAUGACCUUCGUGUUUCUCCCAAUGCCGCGUGCUGAAGAGAAUAGCCGCAGUGGCUGGUUUCAUUUCAGCGGCGGCUUGGGGCUUUCUUCCUCACAAGUUGGUAUCGCAACUUCUGUCAUCGGGAUCAUUGGACUCCCUCUCCAGCUUUUUGUAUAUCCACGGGUACAAUUCCGUCUCGGCACCUUACGAUCUUUCCGGACAUUCCUUCCCUUAUCGCCAUUGGCAUACGCAUUGAUGCCUUUCCUUGUACUGAUACCCAGGCUUUCACCAUUUGUUUGGCCCUCGUUUACUUUUGUUGUUGCUCUACAAGUUAUUUCCCGAACAUUUGCAUUGCCAGCAGCAAUCAUUCUUGUCAAUAACAGUGUGACGGAUCCUUCUGUUCUUGGAACUGUGCAUGGAAUUGCGCAGAGUAUAUCUAGUGGGGCUCGAACACUGGGUCCUUUUCUCGGUGGAUUGGGAUUGGGGUUGGGAUUAUUGCACAAUAUUGUUGGUGCUGUGUGGUGGGCAUUAGCUGUGGAAGCAACACUUGGCUGGCUUGUCAGUUGGACGGUGCAAGAGGGUAAAGGAAUAGAAAGAAAAAAGAAGCCUGCCCGAGAAUAG